UACAAACUGACCACACCUCCUUAGAAGAAGUCAGGCUAGGCUACUCAAUCAACGUUGAAGCACCGGGUGAAAGUUUUUACAUUGAUAGAAAACAGCAUAUAAUACCGACAAUUAAAUUAACCCUCUUUAGAUUUAUAAGUAUGAUAUUACGUUUGCGUUUCACCUGAGCUCGUGACACUCCUUAGCUCCUCAAGCUUUCCGUGUAAGGUGGAUUUCUCAUUUUUCUCAAUCAGGAAGUAAUAUCAAGUUAAAAUGGGGAGUAAGGAGCGCUACCACUGGCAGACCCAGAAUGUUAAGAUCAGCGGGGUGGACGACAUGGUCCUGCUGUCCAAGAUCAACGAGGAUGCCAUCACUGACAACCUCAAGAAGAGAUACAUGGACGACUACAUCUUCACCUACAUAGGGUCGGUGCUGAUCUCUGUCAACCCCUUUAAACAGCUGCCCUACUUCACCGACAGAGAGGUGGAGCUCUACCAGGGAGCUGCCCAGUAUGAGAACCCCCCUCACAUCUACGCCCUGGCUGACAACAUGUACCGUAACAUGAUGAUCGACUGUGAGAACCAGUGUGUCAUCAUCAGUGGGGAGAGUGGAGCAGGAAAGACCGUAGCAGCAAAAUACAUAAUGGGUUACAUCUCCAAGGUGUCGGGCGGAGGUCCCAAAGUCCAGCACGUAAAAGACAUCAUCCUCCAAUCCAACCCUCUCCUGGAGGCCUUUGGGAAUGCCAAGACUGUGCGCAACAAUAACUCUAGUCGCUUUGGGAAGUACUUUGAGAUCCAGUUCAGCCGUGGAGGAGAGCCAGACGGAGGGAAGAUCUCCAACUUCCUGUUGGAGAAGUCCAGGGUGGUGUCACAGAACCAGGGAGAGAGGAACUUCCACAUCUACUACCAGCUCCUGGGGGGCGCCACUAAAGAGAUGAGGGAGAACCUUGGUGUCACCACACCUGACUACUACCUCUACCUGAACCAGUCUGGGACCUACACCGUGGAGGAUGUCAACGAUAAGAAGGAAUUCUCUGACACCAUGGAGGCCAUGUCAGUGGUGGGCCUGUCUGUAGAUGAUCAGGACAUGGUGCUGCAGAUUGUAGCAGGCAUCCUGCAUCUGGGUAACAUCGCCUUCAGAGAGGAGGGAAACUACGCUGUGGUGGAGAGUGAGGACUUCCUGGCGUUCCCGGCCUACCUGUUGGGAAUCUCCCAGGAGGGUCUGAAAAACAAGCUGACCAGCCGGAUCAUGGACAGCAAGUGGGGAGGCAAGACGGAGAGCAUCGCUGUCACCCUGAACACAGAGCAGGCCUCCUUCACACGGGACGCCCUCUCCAAAGCCCUCUACUCACGCCUGUUUGACUUUCUUGUGGAUUCUAUCAACAAAGCCAUACAGAAAGACCAUGAGGAAUUCAACAUCGGGGUGCUGGACAUCUAUGGCUUUGAAAUCUUCCAGAAAAACGGCUUUGAGCAGUUCUGCAUCAACUUUGUGAAUGAGAAACUGCAGCAGAUUUUCAUUGAGCUCACGUUAAAAGCUGAGCAGGAGGAGUAUGUGCAGGAAGGGAUUAAGUGGACGCCAAUCGAGUACUUUAACAACAAAGUCGUGUGUGACCUCAUUGAGUCCAAACUGAACCCCCCAGGCAUCAUGAGUAUCUUGGACGAUGUGUGUGCCACCAUGCAUGCUAAGGGGGAGGGUGCAGACCAGACCCUGAUCCAGAAGCUACAAGCGGGAAUCAGCUCCCAUGAGCACUUCAACAGCUGGAAUAAAGGCUUCAUAGUGCACCACUACGCUGGCAAGGUGUCCUAUGACGUCAGUGGCUUCUGUGAGAGGAACAGAGAUGUGCUCUUCAACGACAUCAUUGAGCUGAUGCAGAGCAGUGAAUUUGCCUUCAUAAAAACCCUUUUCCCAGAAAACCUAGAGGCAGAGAAAAAGGGCCGUCCUACCACCGCCAGUAGCAAGAUCAAGAAACAAGCCAACAACCUGGUCCAGACCCUGAUGAAGUGCACCCCCCACUACAUCCGCUGUAUCAAGCCCAACGAGACCAAGAAGCCUCGGGACUGGGAGGACACUCGGGCCAAACACCAGGUGGAGUACCUGGGCCUGCGGGAGAACAUUCGUGUGCGCCGCGCCGGGUACGCAUUCCGCCGAGCCUUUGCCAAGUUCCUGCAGAGGUACGCCAUCCUGACCAGGGAGACAUGGCCCCGGUGGACAGGGGAGGAGAGGAAGGGGGUUCUCCACCUCCUCCGCUCUGUCAACAUGGACCAGGACCAGUACCAGCUGGGAAAGACUAAGAUCUUCAUCAAGGCCCCAGAAUCAUUGUUCUUGCUGGAGGAGAUGAGGGAAAGGAAAUAUAACGGAUAUGCUCGGGCCAUCCAGAAGGCCUGGCGCAAACACAUCGCCGUCCGCAAGUACGUCAAGAUGAGAGAGGAAGCCUCAGACAUCCUACUGAAUAAGAAGGAGAGGAGGAGGAACAGUUCAGUACUGUAUCACACUGUGUCGUGUCCUGUAGCCUCAGACAUCCUACUGAAUAAGAAGGAGAGGAGGAGGAACAGUUCAGUACUGUAUCACACUGUGUCGUGUCCUGUAGCCUCAGACAUCCUACUGAAUAAGAAGGAGAGGAGGAGGAACAGUUCAGUACUGUAUCACACUGUGUCGUGUCCUGUAGCCUCAGACAUCCUACUGAAUAAGAAGGAGAGGAGGAGGAACAGUUCAGUACUGUAUCACACUGUGUCGUGUCCUGUAGCCUCAGACAUCCUACUGAAUAAGAAGGAGAGGAGGAGGAACAGUUCAGUACUGUAUCACACUGUGUCGUGUCCUGUAGCCUCAGACAUCCUACUGAAUAAGAAGGAGAGGAGGAGGAACAGUUCAGUACUGUAUCACACUGUGUCGUGUCCUGUAGCCUCAGACAUCCUACUGAAUAAGAAGGAGAGGAGGAGGAACAGUUCAGUACUGUAUCACACUGGGUCGUGUCCUGUAGCCUCAGACAUCCUACUGAAUAAGAAGGAGAGGAGGAGGAACAGUUCAGUACUGUAUCACACUGUGUCGUGUCCUGUAGCCUCAGACAUCCUACUGAAUAAGAAGGAGAGGAGGAGGAACAGUUCAGUACUGUAUCACACUGUGUCGUGUCCUGUAGCCUCAGACAUCCUACUGAAUAAGAAGGAGAGGAGGAGGAACAGUUCAGUACUGUAUCACACUGUGUCGUGUCCUGUAGCCUCAGACAUCCUACUGAAUAAGAAGGAGAGGAGGAGGAACAGUUCAGUACUGUAUCACACUGUGUCGUGUCCUGUAGCCUCAGACAUCCUACUGAAUAAGAAGGAGAGGAGGAGGAACAGUUCAGUACUGUAUCACACUGUGUCGUGUCCUGUAGCCUCAGACAUCCUACUGAAUAAGAAGGAGAGGAGGAGGAACAGUUCAGUACUGUAUCACACUGUGUCGUGUCCUGUAGCCUCAGACAUCCUACUGAAUAAGAAGGAGAGGAGGAGGAACAGUUCAGUACUGUAUCACACUGUGUCGUGUCCUGUAGCCUCAGACAUCCUACUGAAUAAGAAGGAGAGGAGGAGGAACAGUUCAGUACUGUAUCACACUGUGUCGUGUCCUGUAGCCUCAGACAUCCUACUGAAUAAGAAGGAGAGGAGGAGGAACAGUUCAGUACUGUAUCACACUGUGUCGUGUCCUGUAGCCUCAGACAUCCUACUGAAUAAGAAGGAGAGGAGGAGGAACAGUUCAGUACUGUAUCACACUGUGUCGUGUCCUGUAGCCUCAGACAUCCUACUGAAUAAGAAGGAGAGGAGGAGGAACAGUUCAGUACUGUAUCACACUGUGUCGUGUCCUGUAGCCUCAGACAUCCUACUGAAUAAGAAGGAGAGGAGGAGGAACAGUUCAGUACUGUAUCACACUGUGUCGUGUCCUGUAGCCUCAGACAUCCUACUGAAUAAGAAGGAGAGGAGGAGGAACAGUUCAGUACUGUAUCACACUGUGUCGUGUCCUGUAGCCUCAGACAUCCUACUGAAUAAGAAGGAGAGGAGGAGGAACAGUUCAGUACUGUAUCACACUGUGUCGUGUCCUGUAGCCUCAGACAUCCUACUGAAUAAGAAGGAGAGGAGGAGGAACAGUUCAGUACUGUAUCACACUGUGUCGUGUCCUGUAGCCUCAGACAUCCUACUGAAUAAGAAGGAGAGGAGGAGGAACAGUUCAGUACUGUAUCACACUGUGUCGUGUCCUGUAGCCUCAGACAUCCUACUGAAUAAGAAGGAGAGGAGGAGGAACAGUCUCAACAGGAACUUUGUGGGCGACUACAUCGGCACCAACAACCACCCCGAGAUCCGGCAGUUCGUGGGCCGCCGGGAGAAGAUCGAUUUUGCAGAUGUGGUUGCCAAAUAUGACCGCAGGUUUAGGACUGUGAAGCGUGACCUCAUCCUGACCCCUAAGUUCCUGUAUCUGAUUGGUCGGGAGAAGGUGAAGCAGGGACCAGAUAAGGGGCAGAUCCACGAGGUUCUGAAGAGACAGAUAGAAGUGGAGAAGAUUCAGUCAGUCUCUCUCAGCACCCUGCAGGAUGACUUCUUCAUCAUCCACGAGGAGCAUUACGACAGUGUCCUUCAGUGCAUCUUCAAGACGGAGUUCCUCAGUCUGCUCUACAAACGUUAUGAUGAGAAGACCCAGAGGAAGCUACCGCUCAAGUUCAACAACCUACUGGAGUUUAAGGUGAAGAAGGGAGGUUGGGGGCCGUUCUCAGCGGCUGGCUCCAGGCAGAUCCAGUUCCAGCCGGGCCAAGGAGAAGAGGCGGUUGUGAAGCCCAGCAGCAAGGUCCUCAUAGUCACCAUCGGACCUGGGCUCCCCAAGAACUCCAGACCGACCCGCAGGGACAACAGGAAAAGUCGCUACAUGGGAAACCAGACUCCAGGCUCAGGACAGCAGUCACAAGGCGCCCCCAGGGGCAGAGGCCGAGGUGGGGGUGGUGGUCAGCGGGGUGGGCCGCCCUCGUCCAGGGCGUCCAGGGUCUCUCUGCUCCGCCGACAGUCCAGUAUGGAGCAGCCCACACUACCACGACAACAGGGGUCCCGGCAGACCAACAACCGCUCCAACAACCAGAGCCAGGCAGACACCGCUUUCAUGAACGUGCCUGACCAGGGAGUGGCUGGUCUUCAUCGUAGACGCUCGAAGGAUGUCAAGCCUUCCCCAGGAGCGGGCCGCCCCAAGCCUGCCCCCAAGCCCAAGCCUCGCUCCCCAGAAUGCCGAGCGCUGUAUGCUUACGACGCCCAGGACACUGAUGAGCUGAGCUUCAACGCAGAGGAUGUAAUUGAAAUCCUCACUGAAGAUCCAUCAGGCUGGUGGUACGGUCGUCUUCGUGGGAGGGAAGGCAUGUUUCCUGGGAAUUAUGUGAAGAAGAUUUAGGCUGGAGCGAUGAGGGACUUGUCUAAAGGUAGAAUAUCUAGACUGGAUCAAGGGACAUAAGAUCUAGAAUGAAGCGAUGAGGGACAUGUCCAAUGAGAGAAGAACUAGACUGGAGCAAGGGACAUAAGAUCUAGAAUGAAGCGAUGAGGAACAUGUCCAAUGAGAGAAGAUCUAGAAUGAAGCGAUGAGGGACAUGUUCAAUGAGAGAAGAUCUAGAAUGAAGCGAUGAGGAACAUGUCCAAUGAGAGAAGAUCUAGAAUGAAGCGAUGAGGGACAUGUUCAAUGAGAGAAGAUCUAGAAUGAAGCGAUGAGGAACAUGUCCAAUGAGAGAAGAUCUAGAAUGAAGCGAUGAGGGACAUGUUCAAUGAGAGCGAGGAGUCAGGUGGCAACAGUAGAAUUACAACCAUACCAAGUGCAUUACUACAGAGACAACACAAAAAGCAUAAUUAAAGCAUUUCUCCAUACCAUCUCUCUUUGGAGUCAGAGACAAGGGAACGUGAUGAUUUUUGCCAGAGAUGGUUUGAAGUGCAAAUACCACUAACUUUUAUCAAUGGAUUUGAUCUAUUGUUUUAGCAUGGGAUAGCAUUGUUUUUAAAGGCACUUUGUUUUAUCCGGCAUCUUUUUAUAGACAUUUACCUCAAGUGUUCAAAUAAAUCUUUGUUUUAUUUGCUCUUUCACAUUUGUUUAAUACAUAGGACCAAAUGGCCAUAAUAAUCUCAGUUCAGGUGGAGUUGGGAUAGAAUGGGUAAUUAUAAAACAUUUUUGACAAGAUAUAUAUUAGUUGUGUAUUUUAUGUGAUUCUCAACGUCUUAGGUAGAUGUACAUGUACCCUAUUAUAAAACAUGUGGAAUGGUUGGUUCUGUUAGUCUCAUAUGCUUCAUCAUCUUAGGUAGAUAUUUCACAAUUCUAUAUCAGUGAAGAUCGGUAAGGCAGGGUUUACACAGGCAGCCCAAUUCUGAUGUUUUACCCAAUUAUCAGUAAAACAGCUGAUCUGAUUGGUCAAAUUAAUUAAUUGGAAAAUAAUCAGAAUUGGGCUGCCUGUGUAAACCCAGCCUUACAAAUCUUUACUGAUAUAGAAUUGUGAAAUAUCUACCUAAGAUGAUGAUGAACCAUAUAAGAUUUUAACAGAGCCUACCAUUCCCCAUGUUUUAUAAUAGGCUACAUGGUACAUGUUAUUACCCAGAGAUAGGCUACAGUUGUCUGUUAAAAAAAAGACAGUUGAUUGUUUGUCAACAGUUGACGUCUAAGGUCAUAAUGAACAAAAAAAUAAAGAUGUUUUAAGAAUGUAAA